AUGAUUCUUAAGUUGAAGCAACAAAAUCCUGCAAGUGCAGGCUCCGCGCCUGUGACAGACACGCCUACAGUUGUGCGUGGUGUCAUCGACGACAUUCGGGCCAAUGGUGAUCAAUCAGUUCGAGCUUACUCCGAGAAGUUCGACAAAUGGAGCCCUGCAAGCUUCAGGCUCUCGCAAGAUGAUAUCAAUAAUAUUAUCUCGUCUGUUCCGCAACAGAUCCUUGAUGAUAUCAAACAAGUGCAGGAAAAUGUUCGAGCCUUUGCCAUGGCUCAGAGGGCGUCGAUCAAAGACUUCGAAAUGGAGAUUCGUCCCGGUGUUCAUUUGGGCCAGAAGAAUAUUCCGAUCAAUUCAGUUGGCGCAUACAUCCCUGGCGGUCGCUAUCCUCUCCUGGCCUCGAGCCACAUGACAAUUCUCACUGCCAAGUGUGCAGGGGUCCCUCAUGUUACCGCGUGUACACCUCCCAUUGCCGGAAAGAUCCCAGCAAAUACAGUUGCGGCAAUGCAUUACGCCGGUGCAGACGACAUUUAUAUCCUAGGUGGCGUGCAGGCAGUUGCAGCUAUGGCGGUGGGUACCGAGACGAUGAAGAAGGUGGACUUCAUUGCUGGACCUGGUAAUGCUUUUGUCGCCGAGGCCAAACGCCAGCUAUUCGGAGAAGAGAUCGGCAUCGAUCUACCGGCUGGACCAACGGAGAUCCUAAUCGUCGCAGAUGAACAUGCCGAUCCUUUCACUGUUGCCACUGAUCUCUUGUCACAGGCCGAACAUGGCCCUGACUCCCCUGCAGUCCUUAUCACGAACUCUCAAAGCGUGGGUAAAAAGACAAUCGACGAGGUCAAUCGACUACUGGAGAUCCUCCCCACCGCCGACGUUGCAGGAGUUUCCUGGGAUCGUUUGGGAGAAGUAAUUGUUGUGGAGAACCUGGAUGAAGCAUACGAAAUCGCCGAUGAGUAUGCCUACGAGCAUGUGCAGAUCCUCACACAAAAGCCACGCGAAGCAUUGGAAAAGAUGUCCAAUUAUGGUGCUCUGUUUCUUGGCGAGAAGACCUGCGUUUCAUACGGUGACAAGUGCAUCGGCACUAACCACGUCCUCCCGACUCGAGGUGCAGCUAGGUAUACAGGUGGACUGUGGGUGGGCAAGUACUUGAAGACCGUGACUUACCAAGAAGUGACUUCACCGCAAGAAAGUGGUGAACUGGGUCGCUUAUGUGGCAGAGCUGCUAGGGCAGAGAAUUUCGAAGGUCACGCACGAUCUGGCGAUGCUCGGGCUCAUCAGUAUUUGGGAGAUAAAUUUGAUUGGAUCUAG